UAAAAAGUAAUAUAGAUAUUUGUAUCUACAGAUCAUCAGGGCGAGGUUCUCGAAUGCUGCAGAAUCUUUUCAUUAACUUCACUUUAGUUUUUUCUUUUCAAUGCUGUAUGUCUAAAAACAGACAUGAUGCUUUUAGAAACAUGCAUAUCAUAAACACACAAGAGAAGAUGAUUUAAGGGUCUGAGCGAUGCAGAAGGUUUUCAUCUGAGUUUACUGAAGUUCUAGAGGAGCCUGAAGAGUUUCUGUGAGAGCAGAUGUGCUGAUAAAACCGAGCAGAACGAGAGAAUGAGGGCACGCGGAAGGCGUUUGAGGUUUCCUCUUCCUGUAAAGACACAGAGACAGAGACGUGAGAUCGUUCACAUCGACUUCAGCACAUUAAAGCAUCAGCAGCCAUGAUUCUCAUCAGCUUCAUGUUUCUGCUCGCCACGGCUGUGAAUCCAGCUCUGUGUCAAGACAUAGAAGAGAUCAAAUCAGAUGCUGUCGUUAUCCUUUGCUCUGGAGGUGAAGGUGAAAUAAACUGGUAUCAGGGCAACAGCAAAAACGAAAUGAAAGAAUAUAAAAACAUUUCCACCUAUGAAGUGAAAGCUGAGCAGGGGAUAGUUAAAGGAUUCUACAGAUGUAAAAAUGGCAAAAUAGAGCAUUGGUUCUACCUCAGAAUACAGGUCUGUGAGAACUGCUAUGAGUUGAGCAGGUUGAGGGCGACAGGGAUCAUACUCGGAGAUGUAGUGUUUACAGGAGUAGUUAUUCUCUUCAUCUUCCUCGCUACCAAGAACUCUGGCGGCCCACAGAAGAGAGCAUCAAAUCCCAAACCAGCGAACCCUCCUCCUCCUCCAAACCCUGACUAUGCGCCUCUGGAUCCAAAGACGCGGAACAAUGCUGUCUACUCAGGAAUCAGAUAGACACGGCUUUACUGUAAAUCAAACUCUGGUGAUUCAGUGUUUCUUAAACGUUUGUUUGUU